CUGUGUGUUGAAUAGAUAGUAUUUUGGCUUGGAUGUAUGUGUGACUUUCUACUGAGGAUUUAACAGGGGUUAAGGGUGUCAUGCUUUUUCUUUGAACUUCUUUGAACUUUUUUUCAUCAAUUCAACAAAAGUCUUCUUUAAAUUUGACUCUCGCAAACUCCCCAACUUUAAGGAAAUACAAUAUAAAUUGCUAAAAUACUCCUCUAAGACAUACAGUAUCUGCAUUUCACCGUUGUAGGGUCAUUGUUUGAUAUUUACUUGUCUCUUACAAUGAUCCACUAUAAAAUCAGUAGCUGCGAGUGUUUUUGUUUGACUGAGACUCUACGGCUGCUUUAUUGCCGUCCAGCGCGUAGACGGUUAAUCGAGAUUGACAAACUAAGGAGAGUUGCGCAUGCGCAGGAUGUGGCUGACUGAGGAAAUCACCCGGAGAGUAGUCAAAUAUUCUGCGGCCGGAGAGAAGGAGCGAGCUCAACGAGAUUAGACCAACACCGGGCCAUCAGCGGGGCAUUCUCCAUCUCAAAACAAUUAUGCUCGCCUCGCCGCUGUCGCUUCAUCUCUGGUGUCCGCUUCCCGGUCGCUGAAUGGCGCUGGUUACCGUGCAGCGUUCACCGACCCCCAGCACCACCUCCAGCCCCAGCGUUUCGGAGUCUGGUAGUGGGGAGGAUGACCGUCGCUCUCAGCCGAGGAGCAUCAGUGAAAGUUUCCUGACAGUUAAAGGAGCUGCUCUCUUCCUACCUCGAGGAAAUGGCUCUUCUCCCUUGUCUGUCUCUCGCUUCUCACAGCUGCGAAGCAAACAUGCAGGAGACAUCCAGCUGCAUCUACAAACCAUGUUCACUCUUCUCAGACCAGAGGACAACAUCAGACUGGCGGUUCGUUUGGAGAGCGUACACACUCAGAUCACGCGCUACAUGGUGGUGGUCUCAACCAACGGUCGGCAAGACACGGAGGAGAGCGUGGUGCUGGGAAUGGAUUUCAGUCCUGUGGACAGCUCAUGUUCUGUAGGGAUGGUUUUGCCCUUAUGGAGCGACACAUUGAUACAUCUGGACGGAGAUGGGGGUUUCAGUGUGUCAACUGAUAACAAAGUGCAUGUAUUCAAGCCGGUUUCUGUGCAGGCCAUGUGGUCGGCCCUCCAGUCCCUCCAUAAAGCCUGCGAGGUGGCUCGUUGUCACAACUACUUCCCGGGCAGCUUGUUCCUCACCUGGGUCAGCUACUAUCAAAGCAGGGUCUGCUCCGACCAGGCACGCAUCAACGAGUGGAAUGCCAUGCAGGAUGUCCAGUCGCACCGCGCCGACUCGCCCGUGCUCUUCUCCAAUGCACCUACAGGGAGAGAGCUGACAGAGCGACAGAUCAAAAGCAGUUUGAGGGAGAUAAUGAUGCAGAAAGACCUUGAGAAUGUUACCUGCAAAGAGAUUCGAACGGAGCUGGAAAUGCAUAUGACAUGCAACCUGCGAGAGUUCAAGGAGUUUAUCGACAAUGAGAUGAUUCUCAUUUUGGGCCAGAUGGACAGUCCCACGGAGAUCUUUGAUCAUGUCUUCUUGGGAUCUGAGUGGAAUGCAUCCAAUAUGGAGGAGUUGCAGAAGAGCGGGGUUCAAUACAUCCUGAAUGUAACAAGGGAGAUAGAUAACUUCUUCCCCGGCGUGUUUGAGUACCACAACAUCCGUGUUUACGACGAGGAGGCCACUGACCUGCUCGCUUAUUGGAACGACACCUACAAGUUUAUAUCUAGAGCCCAGAGAGCCGGAGCCAAGUGCCUGGUGCACUGUAAAAUGGGCAUAAGUCGGUCUGCAGCCACCGUGAUUGCGUACGCCAUGAAGGAGCACGGCUGGGAUCUGAAAAAGGCCUUUGAUUACGUCAAGGAGCGCCGAGCUGUGACCAAACCUAACCCCUCUUUUAUGAGACAGCUGGAGGAGUACCAGGGCAUACUGCUCGCCAGCAAGCAGAGGCACAACAAACUGUGGCGCUCUCACUCUGACAGCGACCUAUCCGAGCACCACGAGGCGCUGUCUAGAUGUCACGCCCAACCGCACAGCCUGGGUCGCUCCGACCCGCACAACCAGGCCGGCAGCGCGCCUGGUCCUACUGUGAAAGAACUGCUGGAGUCACUGGGAACUUCAGCCGUCACUGGCAAAUCAACGCACUCUGCCAGCCAGCCCGACACCGGCAUCCACUCCCAUCAGUUUAGCUCGUCGUCCUUCAAGGGCGUGCCAGCUCUAUCGGGUGACACUCAAGCUCGAAGCUUCAAAGUCCCUACUCAUUCUACUGAAGCCCAAAUAAGCCAGCCGGGCUCCCCUUGUCCCGAGUCGACGGCCUGCUCUGCCUCUCUGUCCUCACCUCUGCUCUCCAACGGCCUGUGUGACUCUGGGGAGCGGCCCCCAGCACCUCCCCUCUCCCAGCCCCCGGCCGCCGCUGUGGGGCCCAACGAGCCUCCGCUGCCUCCAUCUCCAACUCCAGUACGCGUGGAUGAGGUCAUCAAACCCCCGGUGUUGUCCUGCUCUCCACCUGCGAUGAAACCAAUGCUGAUGUUGUUCCCUGAGCCCUUGACGACGGAAAACCUGUGCACACAACAGGCUGGAGCCCAGUGUUUGUCUGCACCAGUGCCUGUCAAACAUACAGACUGUGACCAACAGAUGUGUGGCUUGUCUUUGGACGGUUUACCAGCACAAUCUCCCCCCACUUGUGAUUUUAUCAGCCACCACAGUGCCAUCCCACAUGACAGCAAGGCGUCGUUCGGCCACAGCCCCGACCACAUUAACUUUUUCAGUGCCAGAGAGAAGUUCAAGGGAAUGAGUCAAGAUGGCAAAACUCACUGUGCUGCAGUGCAGCCAAGGACUUGUGGCAAGGUACAACAACCGUUGCCACAGGAGGUCUCCAUUAUUGAGGGGAAGGAAGAGGAGAAAAGAAAGGAAAUGACUGACCCAGUGCAGGUCACAGGACUGAAGCCUGUAGUGCGCACAGAGCCACAGGGCCCCCAGGGCCAGGAGGCGCUAAAGUUGAAGCAGGAAAUGGACGAGGGAGAUGUUUUAUCACUGAAGGAACCUGAGACUGUUAAAGAGGAAGUGAAAAACAAAGAAGAAGAAGAAGAAGGAGAGGAGGAGGCAGCUCCUGCUCUUGUGUGCAACGAUUGGACGAGGGGGUCCGUGCGGCGCGUCACACGUCAGCUGGAGCAAAGAAUGAAACAGGAACACGAGACUCCGUCGCCCUCUUCGUCUCCUCCGUCCCUCUCCGGCAGCACGUCCGGCUCUCAGCGGCGUCCACCCAGCGUCCAUGCUGCAACAAUGUCGAACCCACCGAACGAAUCAGUUGGCCCGCAGGUAUCAGAAGUCAGCACUGUGCAGGGAGAGCAGGAGAAUGGUGAUAGGUUUGGACCAGUGAAAAGGGGUAGUGGGGACGUAGCUGAUGCACUAGAAAAUAACGAGAAAAGCACAAAAGAACACAAACUUAAGCCUGCUGAAAUUAAAUUGCUCUCUACCUCUUCUCCUUUCCACCGCCCAGCCCAUUCUGCCUUUGCCUCUGUGAACUUCCUGUGUUUGGAGGGCGUGACAGAGUUGGAGUCAGGCACCGACUGGGGCUGCUCCACAGAGGGACCUCACAGUGACGUUAUCAUGAGGGAGACCUGGGAGACUUUGUGCGAGCUCGGGGCCUUCCUGCAGCAGGUCAGCGUGGGGGGAGCGUGUCGGGAAAGGUGUGUGGGCCAGUUCUUUGGUCUCAGUGCGGGAACCACUCAGAAUCGAGGUUGCGGCAUCCAUAAGAGGGUCAGAGAGGUGGAGGCGCGGAUUCGCCAGGCCGGACUGACCCCUCCAUCCCUGAUGAAGCGCUCGGCGUCUCUGGCCAAACUGGGCUGCCUGGAGCUGCUCGCAAACGACCUGAGUGAGCUCAGCCGCUCCUCUGUGGCGCCGUCUUCAGCCCAACCUCAGGCGCACGCAGCGAGCGACGAGUCCAAGAAGCUCCGGGUUCAAAGCUCCCCGUCCUCAGCCGGGCAGCGGCCCAAAGUCCUCGGGACUGGCGCCGAGACGCUUUCUGAGGCCGGAGAAGCCUCGACGCCAUCCAGUCCGCCGACAGGAGAACCCCCCGCCGCUGACCACGAUUCCCUGCAUUUGUCUGGGCUGAUGUUUAUGACACCAAGGCAGCAGUAUGGAAGGACUCAUCCCCUGCGUCGGCUUAAGAAGAAAACUGCUAGUAGCCUUUACCACACUAUGUAACCUUCACUGUGCGUGGGGGGGGGGGGGGGGGGGGGUGGUAGAGAUCAUGCACACUGUUGGAAUUGGAAAUCAAGUGCAUACGGUUGGAUUAAUUCAGCAAAACAAACCAAUGCCUCUUGCCUUAAAGAAUAUGUUAAGAUGCUUCUGUACAUGUUUCCCUCUCUGAAGAAUUCAAGGUCUGAGACUCGGCGCAGGAACAGCGGCAUGGAGCAGUGACAUGGCUAUGAAGGUUAUCUGAAGGGUACAGACUGGGGAGAGUUCACUAAACAAUCAAAUUGGCACUGAAUACCAAAACGCUUUCAAAAGAAGCAAAACAAAUAGUCAAAGGUAAUAUGCCUGAGCCUGCACAAAUUCUCUUUGUAUCAUCGCUGGUUUCUCCGUAAUGAACUUGAUAUUUACUUGAUUGCUGUUUGUUUAUUGAAAUAAUUCGACCUGAUUUUAGGUGGAAGUUGCCUCUGUUUUCCUUUUUGUUUGCGUCCACGUCUCUUCUUUAGCCAGUUGUUUCCGUAGCUGCCAGGAAAAUCAUACAGCAGAUACAAUCAAAUUCUUAAAGACUGAUUUUUAAACAUCUAAACAUACGCAGAGUCUGAAUACGAUACAUGAAAAGAAUAGCUGCAUGGUUCUGCAGGAUUUGUUUGGAAACAAUGCAAAGAGAAUAGACACGCUGGGUUUUUUUAUGUUUGUUUUGACUUCUCAAUACCUCAGUAAGUGCACCAAAUCUUCGCUGCAUCAAAGUCAGGACUCCUGGAGCGGCUCAGUCAGAAACAAUUUUGAGUUCACAACUUGAUGAACUGAAACAAACGACUCCUCUCACGUCCCCCUGCACCGCGUUGUGUGUGCGUUGCUCUGUGGGAGAACGGGCAGGUUAUUGGAUUGAUGGUUGAAGGCACAGUGUAUAUUUGUGAGUUUUCUCUUUGGGAUAUAAAUGUCCAUACUGUGUUAACAUUUUAGGAAUUGUACAGUUUUUUUUUUCUUUUUCUAUUUGGUUUGUCUCCGUGUGUGACUGUGUAGCCCAGCGUAACCAUGUGGGCGUGAACUAUUUUUAAUAAUCACCUAUUUUGUACAAAGUUCAGGAGUGUGCCUGUGACUGGCAAGUAAAUCCUCUCGGCCGUCUAUCAGGAAUGUCUGUACAGGGAGGCCUGUCAUACAUGCACUUUACUCCCUUUUUCUUUUUAAUGUGGCUUUUUUUAAUGUAUGGUUGCUACUUUGGGGGGGAGCAUGCUUAUUUAGUAGCAGCUGUUGGGUAUGCGUGUGUAUUGUCAACAAACUUCUUUUUGUGGUUUAUUUGUAGAUAUUAUUUUAUAUGAUGUGCUUCAACUGUGACCAUUAAAUAAUGGAA